GCGGACGCGAUGAGACCUUCUGGAAGCAAUGAACUUGAUCAUCCAGAAGUUCUUUCGCGAGAGCGACUCUUAGACAUUUUGUGCGAUAGAUCUAUACCUCGUGAAGAUCUUAUAUGUUUAGAAAAAGGUGAUCUUGUCCAGAUCUUUUAUAAAUAUGUCACCCCUUUACCUCAAAGGCUUCAUCAACUUCGUCGAGCAAGAAGACGGCAGCUUCCUUGUGGUGAACAAACUGUUGCUUCCAAUGGGAAAACGUCGACAAUAAUUCGACCAACGAAGAGAAAAUCUCAUGAAAAAUUAACCACAAGACCCAUCAAGAUCUCAAGAACAGAGCACAGUAACAGUAUUAAAAUCAACAGAAGUCCAAUAUCUUUUGGCUCAACUAGCAAUGGAGUGAACUCUGUAUCCAUUCAUACAACAUCUCCAACUAUGGACAUUACUUCUGAUCAUGAAGGAAGAGCACAAAAUAAAUCAAUCAAACCAAAGGUGGUAAAACUGAACAGAAAAACUUUAGGGCUUCAUGUUGACAAAUCAUUUGAACAUCAACAGUCAAAGAAUGAGUCAAAUUCAAGUUUUAAUGGAGGGGCACAAAAGGAAGUUUCUGCCUCCUCAACAUCUGGUGAUUCUGGCUCAGAUGUCAAUGAUAGUAAAUCUGGAAGCACAAAAAGAAAAUUUGAGAAAGUAGCUGUCACAUGGCCUUAAAACAUUUAAAUUUAGGUGAACUAGUCCUUAUCAUUGUGCUAUGCAAAUAAUACAUAUUCAGUUGAUAAUAUUUAAAGCUUUGUAAAAGCUGUAUGAAUUGACAAAAAACAGAAUGUAAUUUCAAUUCACUCAAAAAGAGUUAUUAAUUAAAGAUCGAAUUGUUUACCUUCA